ACGACUUAUUAAAACUCAACAGUAGAAACCGUAACAGUUAAAUCCAGAGCGUUCUAAUUUUCCAUUUCUAUCAAGAUUUCAAAAUCCUUAUUCACAUCAGAAUACAUCAGUCACCGGAGCUCCAAAACAUCAUCAUUUCUCGAUCAAGUUUCUAUCUUUUUCUAGUUUUAUAUUCUUCUCUUACCAAAGUCUUCCUUAGUUUUGGGAACAUUUCAGUUCUACGUACCGUUCGCUCUUUCUGAUCCUUUGCUUCUGAUCUCAAGCUCCGUACGCAGCCCAGUUGGGCAGAUUGAGAUGGGUAUAUACCUCAGCUCUCCUAAAACAGAGAAAUUCUCAGAGGAUGGUGAGAAUGAUAGGCUCAGAUAUGGUCUGUCAUCCAUGCAAGGUUGGCGUGCAACAAUGGAAGAUUCUCAUGCUGCACUGCCUGAUUUGGAUGCUUCCACUUCAUUCUUUGGUGUUUAUGACGGCCAUGGAGGUAAAGUAGUUGCAAAAUUUUGUGCGAAGUUUCUUCAUCAGCAGGUCCUGAGGAGUGAAGCAUAUUCAGCUGGAGAUAUUGGAACUUCUGUGCAGAAAGCAUUUUUCAGAAUGGAUGAGAUGAUGCGUGGACAAAGAGGAUGGCGGGAAUUAGCUGUUUUGGGUGAUAAAAUAAAUAAGUUCACGGGCAUGAUAGAAGGGUUGAUAUGGUCUCCAAGGGGUAGUGAUAGUAAUGACCAACCUGAUAAUUGGGCUUUUGAAGAGGGCCCGCACUCUGACUUUUCUGGACCGACUUCUGGGAGCACAGCUUGUGUUGCAAUUAUUAGAAAUCACCAACUUGUUGUUGCGAAUGCUGGUGAUUCUCGAUGUGUGAUAUCUAGAAAAGGCCAGGCAUAUAAUCUGUCUAGAGAUCACAAACCUGAUCUUGAGGCUGAGAAAGACAGGAUUCUAAAAGCUGGUGGUUUCAUACAUGCAGGACGGGUCAAUGGCAGUUUGAAUCUUGCAAGAGCUAUAGGUGACAUGGAAUUCAAGCAGAAUAAAUUUUUGCCUCCAGAAAAACAAAUUGUAACAGCCAAUCCAGACAUAAACACUGUUGAGCUUUGCGAUGAUGAUGAAUUUAUUGUGCUAGCAUGUGAUGGAAUAUGGGACUGCUUGUCAAGCCAGCAACUAGUAGAUUUUAUUCAUGAACAACUCAGAACGGAAAGCAAGCUUUCUGUAGUGUGCAAUAGAGUACUGGAUAGGUGUUUGGCACCAUCAACGGCAAGUGGUGAAGGAUGCGACAACAUGACUAUGAUCUUGGUGCAGUUUAAGAAACCAAUCCAGCGCACUGCCUCUGCAAAUGAGCAAUCCUCUGCAACUGAAUUUACUGACACUGAAUCUAAACAAAAGGAAAACGAAUUGAAGUAGCCAGCAUCUGUUGAUAUCUCAUCAGAUGCCACCAUUGUGCAGCUCUGUGGCACGAAGAAUGUUCAAGGGUCCUUAGUUUUCUUGAAAAGUUGGGUCCUGUUUAUAUCUUUGUAGAUGGCUUAACAUGAAUGGAUGAAAUAUUAAGAAAAAUUGUUCCAUCUUCAUUCAUCAAUAUGCUAGUGUGUGCUUUAACUUUGAAUCGCAUUAUCACAUUCAAUAACAUGUAUAGCUCUUUGAGUGCA